AUUCCAAGCUACGCCAGAUAUUCCCGAGGUCCUGCGGUGUCAGAGAAUAGCAUCAAGUUUCCCAUAUUAGUCCACCCCUUUUCCCCCCCUGUUGUACAUUUGCCGGUACAAUAAAGUUGGCCGAUCUAACAAGGCACUUCUUCCUUGUGGAGCCGGAUCGGGGCCGUUUGAGUUUGAUCACGGCUCCAUCCGAGCAGGAAAUCAUGCCCAACCGCUCCUCGCUCUGCCACCUUCCAAGACGCGCAGGGCUUCCCAAAGGCUUGGCAAGGUCCCAGGCGGAUUGGGUCCCCCUUGCCCGGCCAGGACCUUGGUUCCUGCUCGGCAAAAGACGCCGGCUCCCUCUGGGGAAAGCUUGACGCUGGCCUGGCGAACCCCACCGCCCAGAUGAAGAGCCACGCCAUCGUGGGCUCAGUAACCCCUUCGGUCGUCAACCAGAGUCAAGGGAAACUCAACGCUGUGGAGAUCUUGGCCAGCGGCGGAGCCGCGAACGAGACCUUCCCGGUAGAGGAGGCCUUCCAGCUCCCUACUUUCUCCACCGCCGCCAAAGUCCGGGUGGGCAUCACCGUGGCCCUCUUCUGCUCCUCGGCGUGCUUCAACAUCGCCGUGCUCCGGACCGUCGCCCAGAAGUACCAGCGGAGACCCCACCUCCGCAUCCUCCUCAUGAACCUGGCCGCGGCCGAUCUGCUCGUGACCUUCGUGGUGAUGCCUCUGGACGCGGCCUGGAACAUCACGGUCCAGUGGUACGCCGGGGACCUGGCCUGCCGGCUCCUCAUGUUCCUCAAGCUGGUGGCCAUGUACGCCUCGGCCUUCGUCACGGUGGUGAUCAGCCUGGACCGCCGAGCGGCCAUCGUGCACCCUCUGAGCGUGGGCGAGGCCAAGAGGAAGAACAAGGGGAUGCUGUGCGUGGCCUGGGCUCUGAGUUUCGUCCUGGCGUUACCUCAGAUCUUUGUCUUCCAUACCGUCAGCCGGUCCCGGCCCGUCUUCUUCAUCCAAUGUGCCACCCUUGGAAGCUUCCGGGCUCACUGGCAGGAGACCUUCUACAACAUGUUCACCUUCUCCUGCCUCUUCCUCCUGCCGCUGCUGAUCAUGGUGUCCUGCUACGCCCGCAUCUUCAUCGAGAUAUCGGGGAAGAUGAAGAAAGCUUGCGUGUCAUCCACCUCGCCGGAGUUCAGCCUCCGUCGGUCCCACGACAACAUCCCCCGGGUGCGCCUUCGUACCCUGCAGAUGUCGGCCGUCAUCGUCUUGACCUUCGUGGUCUGCUGGACCCCUUACUACCUGCUCGGCCUGUGGUACUGGUUCUCCCCGGAGAUGCUGACCAGCGGGCGGGUGCCCCCCUCCCUCAGCCACAUCCUCUUCCUCUUCGGCCUCUUCAACGCCUGCCUGGACCCCCUGGUCUAUGGUUUCUUCGCGAUGCACGUCCGAGCGGGGAGCAGGCGGGCCUCCUGCUGCGGCGCUCAGAGCCACAAAGAGAGGGAGGGCUCUCUCAGGCUUCGUGGCUCCUUCUGGGCUCCCACGGCCAGCGCGACGCCCGCAAAGCCUCCGAGGAACCGGUGGGGGCCAAAACUGGAGCGGGCGGCGGCGGAGGAACCGCUGGGGCUGUACAGGAAGAGCAGGCUGGCCAAGAGCUUGAUUUGACACGAUACGAAGCGGUGCGGGAAAGAGUCCGUAUUCUCACCCAAA